AUGAAUUCGUCGGAGGACUGCGCAAGGAUCAUCAAGCAACCGCUGCCAAAGCCCACCGUCCACUGCCAGCCAUCGCUAGAGUUUACCAAUUUCUCGCCCUCGAGUGACCAAAACUAUCGCAUUAUCGGCGACUCAGGCUCAUCCGACUACUCUCUUGGUAGCCAGUCACGUCCGAGAACCGAGGAUAGCGAACCCAACUACGUGAAGCUUGAUGGUGCACCAUCGCCAUCCAUCGCAGCCACACCAGCAUCACGUCUCAAGUCCGAAUUUUCGAGGGAAAGUUUGGUUGUGGCACCUCUCAAUCCUGCAAGGAAGUUGUUCACCGACAAGGCCGUCUCUAUCAAGCUUCCGCAAGGAGGGUCAUCGCCCAGAUUUCUCGCGACAUGGUCCGCCAUGAUGAACCACGAUGCCGCUCGUGCCCUAUUUGGCUCCAGAAUAUAUCCUCCGAGAUCUCGCAGCACCAGGGCGCCUUCACAAGCUGGAUCUUCCUCAUCCACACCAAGAGCUCAUCAGUUUCAGUCGCAGCCUCCUCUCUCAACUGUAUUUUCAGAGAGCGAAGGAGAAAACGAACGCUUAUCGCGGUCCAUGUCCCCGUUUCCUGCUGAAGGCAGUAACAACCAAAGAAGUCCUGAUUUUUUGGCUGAUGACUUUGAACCCGGCGAAUACUCUUUUACUCAACAAGUUACGCCAACAUCCGAGCCAGUCGACUGGCCGCAGGCCGCAUUUGGAAAAGGAAAAGAGAUAGAGCCAAACUCGAGCUACCGUCUUGUCGGAGACCAAGACGAAUAUGGCGACGGCUUGACGGACUUGCGCGAUCUCUUGACUCACCGUCCUUCCAGGAGAGGUGGAUUAUCGAGCAUGAUACCCAACUAUGCUUCAGACCGCAACCUGCGGUCCUCUGCGAGCGCUAGAGCAACCAAUUGGGCAGUACCAGCAUGGGCAAGGCUAUACUACGGCAGUGGUGAGCGUCGCUUUCUCACACACCAGAUUUCCCGCGACUCCAUUCGUUCCGCAAUCACAGAUAGCCAGGCGGGGAGCUCACUGCAAAGGCGCUCUCACAGUGUUGAGCGCUUCGGGAUAUUCGCUCAGCGCCAACAUGAAGCCUUCCCCCCGGCGGAUGGUAGCUCACCUAUUGCCGUCAAAAGGUCAUAUCCUGACCUAGCUUGGGCCCGAACGCUUAAGAAGCAGACUUCGAGCUUGUGGUCGCCACACCUGCGACGAGACAUCAGAGCAAGCACCUACGGAAUCUGGGACCCCCCGGCUGGCGCCCUAUCGGUAGAGGGCUGCAUUACUGCACGGCGAAAUGUGCAGGUGAUGCUCUUUAUGUCUGGAUUCCUCUUCCCAAUCGCUUGGAUGGUUGCUGCUUUCAUACCGCUUCCCACAAACCGAGGCCUUGUUGAAAAGGACUUUCCUAGCACCAGUCACAUUGACCUAACCGAAGAUGACGGCGCAAGUCCAUCUCAGCUCGCCAAGGAAAUCGCCCUCUACAACCGCGCAAAAUGGUGGAGAGAUCUGAACAGGGCCAUGGCUGUCAUCGGACUGUUGAUCAUCGGGGCAAUCUCAGUGCUGAUUGCACUUGGCGUCCAGCAACGAUGGAAGUGA